GCGCACGUAGCUGUCAGUAGGAAAUGCAGGCUGCGGGUGUUGGAUGUACCCCUAUCGAUGCGCUUGGAUAAAUUAAACAAAGAACAUUAGUUUUGCUUUAGAAUUAAAAUUAUAUUGAAUGCUGCAUGAAUUUGGCGAGAAUAGUCGCGUAAGGUCUUACCGAUGUAACGGAAACAUUCAUCCUGCUAGGCUAGGCUAAAAGAAACAGGACACUGUCAGCGCUAAUGCUAAAAUAAGCUAACUCAGCUAGCUGGUAACUUAGCCAGCUACCUCACCGAGUGCAGGACAUUUUUUUUUGCUCUUCCAGGUCCUUCGCCCCCCCUUGUUUUGCGGUUCCUUUCUCCUGUCUCGCUUCUUGGUGUGUUUUUCAUUUUUACGGAGGAGGUUGCGGAGCCGGAGCUGUGGCAGGGGGGACGUGUGAACAGGAACCCCCUGGCUCUCCAGGCGGACGGAUCACUGUGACACGCCGGUCGUGGGAGUGAUUAUAGUGGAACCAUGGCUGAACUUUUUACCUUAUCCCCAUCACCACCUGCGUUGGGUGAUCCACAUGCAGCUCCUUCCAUCCCGCCACCCUCAUCAGCAAUCCCUACUCCCAACAGCCCUGCUCCAGAGUCUGCAAGGGAGAUGCCCUCAUCCAUCCCGCCACCCUCAUCAGCAAUCCCUACUCCCAACAGCCCUGCUCCAGAGUCUGCAAGGGAGAUGCCCUCAUCCAUCCCGCCACCCUCAUCAGCAAUCCCUACUCCCAACAGCCCUGCUCCAGAGUCUGCAAGGGAGAUGCCCUCAUCCAUCCCGCCACCCUCAUCAGCAAUCCCUACUCCCAACAGCCCUGCUCCGGAGUCUGCAAGGGAGAUGCCCUCACCCAAGUCUUCCCUCUACAAUGACACAGCUUUGACUGGGAACACUCCUGUAGCACAGUCCGGAAGACCACCUUUGACUCUCCAACCUCCCUCAAGUCCUCCUAAACUCCCUGCUGAGACUCCUGUCACAUUAACGGUACAUGAUGCUGCUCCACAAAGAGAGGAAUCAGUAGGGGGAGAUGCAGGGACUGGAGCUCAGGAACCAACGACAGGUGACUCUGCAGCUCCAGAGCUCUUGAAUACUGAAACAGAGACCAACAUACAGUCAAGUGAGACGUCGGCACAAAGUGAAUCGCAAAUGGAAUCCCCUUCUCCUGAUCUCAAUCCUGGUCCCAACCUUUACCCUAAUGUGCAUGUCACCCACAAUCCAAAUCCUGUCAUGGAUGAAUGUCAACUUAAAGUGGACCAACCCCAAACUUCUGCAGCUUCAAAUCCCACACCUGCUCCUCCAGCGUCCAGCGACACAGCAGCAUCAUCUACAGCUGAGGAGGAACCUCAGCCACUUCAACAAGCACAACAUCCCCAAAGUCAGCCUCCUCCACUCUCUCCAAAGCCAGAGACUCCCAGUGAAGUAAACAGAGCAGAAUUGCCCAGCACCCCAACCAGAGUAGAACACCCUAGCCCUACUGUUCCACUUAUCAACGAGCCAGCCCCUGUCCUCCCGCUCCCUAAUCCCAAACCUCGACCAGCCCCGGACACCCUCAGCUACCUUGAGUCAGCCAGCCUGAUGUCGGGGACUUUGGAGUCUCUAUCUGGGCUGGGAGAUGAUGGCAGCUCUGUGGGUUCAGACUCUGAGAUCAAUGGCCUGACUGUCAGACGCACUGAUAAAUAUGGCUUCCUUGGUGGGAAUCAGUACAGUGAAAGCGGAGAAAAGGAAUUUCGAGUUGAAGUUGCCAGACAGAGGGAGGUCAAAUGGCUUGAUAUGUUUCACAAUUGGGAUAAGUGGACUAAACAUCGCUUCCAGAAGGUGAAGAUACGCUGCAGGAAAGGGAUUCCUUCUUCUCUCAGAGCUAAAGCCUGGCAGCUGCUGUCCAACAGUAAGGACCUCCUGGAUGCCAACCCUGGAAAAUUUGAGGAGCUGGAGAGAGAGCAGGGAGAAGCCAAAUGGUUGGACAUUAUAGAGAAGGAUCUCCACAGACAGUUCCCUUUCCAUGAGAUGUUUGCUGCACGAGGAGGCCAUGGGCAACAGGAUCUGUAUCGGAUCCUGAAGGCCUACACUAUCUACCGACCUGACGAGGGCUACUGCCAGGCCCAGGCUCCUGUGGCUGCAGUGCUGCUCAUGCAUAUGCCUGCUGAGCAAGCUUUUUGGUGCCUCGUCCAGAUAUGCGAGAAGUACCUUCCUGGCUACUACAGCGCUGGACUGGAAGCCAUCCAGCUGGAUGGCGAGAUCUUCUUCUCCCUGCUACGACGUACCUGUCCGAUGGCGUACCGUCAUCUCAAGAAGUUCAAGAUUGACCCGAUUCUCUACAUGACUGAAUGGUUCAUGUGCAUCUUCUCACGCACCUUGCCAUGGUCCUGUGUACUGCGUGUAUGGGACAUGUUCUUCUGUGAAGGGGUGAAGAUAGUGUUUCGUGUUGGCCUGGUGCUACUGAAACAGAUGCUUGGCUCUGUGGACAAGCUUCGGGAACUACAGGGAAUGUAUGAAACCAUGGAGCGUCUCAGAAACAUCUCCCCUGACACUAUCAGAGAGGACAUACUGGUACAGGAGAUUAUCACACUCCCAGUGACGGAGUCGCUCAUCGAGAGGGAAUGCAACAUUCAGGUAAGGAAGUGGAGGGAGUCAAGGGGGGAACUGACACACCAGCCAGGCCGCCGCCUCCACGGUACGAGAGCCAUCUAUGAGUACAAACGCCGUGCCGCCUCCAUCAGCUCUGGCGGCAGCUUUUCUUUCCUUGGAAGCUCGAUCCCUCCGCCAGGACCCCUUAGGGCUUCUUCCAGUCUGCUCUCACUCCCCGGCUUCCGCAAGUCCAAGUCUCCUUUCCACUCCCAAAUCAAAAAGGGCUCCUUCUCAGGGCCGUCAGGGAUGGAUGGCCUGCCACAUCAGCCCCCACCUGCUGCAACAUCAAGCCCAGGGCGAGGCACCGCCAAUAAGCCACCCAUUCCACCUGGAGCAGGUCAGAAAGCACUGGCUCCCCAUGUUCAAAGCCCCUUAGUCGUGGGUGCGGCUGCUUCGUCACACGGGUCUGCUGAGGUCUCAGAAGGCGCCUCAGCACAAGGCCAGUCUGCUUCUCCGGCCCCAUCACAAAGCACAGCACCACCACCCCCCCCCAACACUCUGUCCCCCGCCCCAGUGAUUGUCUCUGAGCAAAUCACUCAGACAAUCCCAUCUCCUACUGCAAACAACGCCCCUUUGCCCCCCUGUCCAGAUUUUAAAAAAGAAGCAUCGCCAGUGGCAGAGGCCAAAACUGUGGAGGAAGAGGGAAAGAAGAAGAAGAAGAGCAAAGAAGACAAGAAGAAGGAAAAGGAAGAUGAUAAGAAAAAACUGAAGGAAAAGAAAGAGAAGGAAAGAGCGGAAAAAGAGAGGCUCAGGAAGGAGAAAGAGAGGCUAGAAAAGGAGAAGAAGAGAGGGGGGAAGAAAAAGGACAAAGGGGGAGGAGAUGCUGAGGACAAAAAUGGAGCUACAGCAGCGAGAGAUUCGGCCUAGUUUUUCACCCCAUCACUCAAAGAUCAUAAAAAAGGGACACUGAACAAAAGAAGAGGUCAGGGGAACAAAAAACUCCAGAAACAAAGAGCAGUUAAUAAAAAAAAAAAAAUGGGAUGGCUUCCUGUAUAAUGACAUCAUUUUGAAGACUUGGUGUAUGUAGCCCAGGGACUAUGGUGGAGCAAACUGGAUCAUGGUUUUAAUAGCACCUCAGGGGGCUUUCUGCCUCUUGCGCAAUGCUUUCUUUUUCAGAGUGUUAUUAAGACGGGACAAUUUUCCUUUUUCAACUGGAGCACAUACUGUGAGUCUGAAUAUUUGUUCAGAUUAUAACAGUCAUUACCUUUUUAGUUUUUUUAAAUUCCCUUUUUUCAUUUUUAUUCUUUUUACCCCAUUGAUGGCAGUGGUUAGACAAACAUUGACUAAAUGGAUUGUUGAUGAGGGUUGAGGGAUUGUUUGCAGGUUUAGCAGUGGUGCCAUAGAGCAUGUAAAUAAACAGUGCGUCUAACUACAGUACAUAGGACCCUGUUAGUGUUCCCUAUGCCCUGUCAGUUCUCAUCUGUGGACAGUGUUUUCAAGAUGCCUGGAACAAAAAAGAGAAAAGAAAAGACAACCCUUUUGCAUCCAACGCAGGCACUGUGGACAAAACUCUUAGUGAUGAUGUUGAGGAUGUAUUUAUUGUCAUGUUAAAUGUUGUGAGUGAGUGUGUGCCUUAGUAGUAUAGUGAAGUGCGUUACAGUUCUAUGUGUGGCCUAUCUGGUUAUAGACUCCCUCUGACGAUUUUUUUCUUCUAUCAAAUCAAACAAUCGCUUUAUCUUGUGUUUUCCCCGCAUUAUUUCAUCAUUGGAAUAAAACCAACUGAUGAGAAUAGAAGGAUGAUGAUGAACAAAAAGAGGGAUGAAUUCAAAGUAAAGCCACACACCAUGAAGCGGUGUUAUCAGUGGUAGUUUAGGAUGGGAGUGUUGAAGGAUUUAUUUGAUUUCAGGCCUCAAUUUUAAUCUCACUUGACUGACGUUUUUGGAAAACAUUAUUAUAAAUCCAAUCAACCACAUGUCCAUUUCUAAAAUUAGUAUUACUUCGCUUUUGACGAACAAAAUCCCAAAUAAAUGUGUUAAAAUUAGCCAAACUUCAGUAUGGGUAAGAACUUCGGUUCGCUGACCCGUUAGAAUGUGAUUUUAAGAGAAUGAAGGAUGAUUUUUGCACUUGUGAGUUAGUCACAAAGCACCAGUGAAGUCAACCACUCCGAUAGUGUAGUAACGUAGAGAGCGAGAGUCUCAAACAGGCCGGUUUCAUCUCGUUUGAAAUCUGUGCCUCGAGGACCUAUAGGAAGCCACUUGAGUAGAGGUGCCAGGUGUGCCAAUGUAGCAUGAACCUCAGAUCGUUGACCUUCGGGCUCAGAUGUAUUUAUGUACAAAGUGGUUAAUUUAAUCAAAUAUAGUAUAUUAUGAAUUAUUAUUAUUUUUUUUUUUGAUCCGACUAUUUUUCUAUGUGAGCGAGAGACACCUGGUUGACUGGAAUGAUGGCUGACUACACACAAUGUAGUUACAGAGGGAUUAUUUGAGUGGUCCUUUUUUUUUUUUUUUUUUUUAAUUCUGCACAUGCUGAGUCCUCUGCUUUCACGCCACAAACUUCAUGUGUUCACCGUCACUGUUGGUUUGGUCAACUUUUAAGUUCACGAGUUUACUGAAGUGCAGUAUUAAAACAGACUAGAGUGGCGAAAUGAAAGAACAAAGGGUGAUUCAGACAUACGUUUUGGAAGUCAAAGGUCUUAAUUGUACUGUAUAAUAUACUAAGAGGAGAUUGGAAUAGUUCUUUGAUUCAAGAUCUUAAGUAUGUCAGUCUCACUUACUUGUGAUGUAACAUUCAGAAUAACUUCUGGACUAACUCCCUAACCUAUUUACACUCAGUGUCCUGUACUGUAAGAUAUUUAUGCAUACAUUAAAACGCACUGAACCUCAUCAGUAUAUGGUGAGUAGUGCCAGGUAGUUUGUGUGAAACCAUUUGAUAGCCAAAAAAAAAACAAAAAAACAUUGAUGCUCUUAUACUGUACUGUUUUUGUAGUCAAGGAUUAGAGGGACUUGCGUGUAGCUUUGUAGCCAACAUGUCAUCCAUUUCCAUUCUUCUCACUUAUUUCAGGCUUUCAUCCAAAUAGAUAAAUAAUCACACACACACCCUGCUCCUCUGUUUGAACGCCCGUGCAGUCACAGGCACAGAUUAGUGUAGUAUUAGUGAGGAUGAACUGAACACAUCUAUGCAAAUUAUCCUCCAUAGAUCGUUGGCAUGGAAAAAAAUGGAUUCUGUGCUCUGGUAGGUCUUUUUUUUUUUUUUUGUUUGUUUUUUUUCAUGAGCACACUUUCAGGCCCGUGGAUGAAAAUAUUUUAUGAGCAAUAUGUUCAAUGAUCAAAUUCAUCUCUGGCUGCUUGUCGAAUCAGCGCUUAGAUCUGCAAUAUUGUGGAUGAAUUGAGGAUUACAUUUCUGCAGGUCCUUUGUACAUUUCUGCAUCGGUCUUAAAACCGUAUCUAUGGUUACAUUUAUUUGGGAAUGACCCCAAGGAUGCAAAUAUUUGAAAAAGAAAAACACGUUACAGCUGUUUUAUUCUCCCCACGCCGUUAUGUCUUUUCUUCAUGUUUUUAAGUUUACACGUCACUCUCUCUCUCUCUCUCUCUCUACAGCGAAAGUGAAAUAAAAUCCUUAGAUAAUUGAAUUCAUUCCUUCAGAUCUACAACUGAUGUAUUUAAUUGAUGAUAAUGACAUUUGUGAUGAGUAAUAAACCAUAAUAUAUUAAAUCA